AAUUAUAGACUGUGUAAGAAAACACAGUUCCUUAUUAAACAACUCUUCUUCGGGAAGACGUUUGUCCCCCGGCUCUGUCUCAGGCGUUACUUAUAGUCGGCGUCCGAUGAAGCAGAAAGAAGCCGAAGAGAGAAAAGAAAAUGGAAGAUGGUGUGACUAAAGUUGUGAGAUUUUUGCAUCCUGAAGAGGAAGAGGAAGACUAUGACGAUAAGAAAGACGAUCACCAUCAUCGUCAAGGCACAGCUCCUGGAUCACUAAACCAUGUCAUCUCUAACUUGCUAUGUAAAGAGGAAGCAGAUGAAGAGAAACAAGAAGGUUAUGAAGAGAAACAGGAAGAAGAAAAAGAUGAAGAGAAGGGAGGUGGAAUCCUCGACAAUAUCAUAUCCCGCUUGGUUCCUCCUUUGAGUCCAAAAGCAGGAGCACAAAACCAAGGUGAUGAAGUUGGAGAUGAAGAAGAUGGGAAGGGCAAAGAAGAAGAUAAGCUACUAGUGAAGCGCGACGAAAAGGGUGGUGGACACAUCAUUGAUAAAAUCGUUUCCCACUUCCCAGAUGACGCUGUUCCGACAGAUGAUGAAGCCUCCAUUCUAAUUCACUCCAUCGUCCAUGAUUAGAGAAGAAGGUGUUCUUCUGUGUAAUUAAUUGUCAGAAUUUUUCAUUAUGGUUUUCGCCCAUUUUUGUUUCGGUGAACCCACGACUGGUCCAUGUUGGGAGUGUAAUCAUGUUCUUGUAGUUCACUCCCUUUAAAUUGAAAAUUCAUAGCACAAAACUCGACUAUAA